AUUCAUCUGUCAAUCAUAUUUCAUUUACAAAGUGGCCUGGCGUUUACUGUAUCUACUAAAACGGUGGCGUUCCAGUGUGGUGUUUGUGAAUUACGGAUAGUAAAUGCGGUCAUGUUAUAGUUUUACUACACUAAAUAAAUAUGAUUAAAACAGAAGAAGAAGAUCCUGUUGUGCAGGAGAUCCCUGUGUUUCUAUCGCAGGCUUUAGCACAGAAUCUGUACAUAUAUCAAUAUCCAGUGAGGCCUGCGAAUAGGGACUGGAAAGAUGUAAAAGUAGUGAAUGCGUGCGUAAAGCCUAGGAACAAGAUGGUGCGGCUAGAAGUGGGCUUGGACACGUACAGUGAUAGGUACUGCUCGUCUAAGGGCGAACAGAUCGCGCUUAACACCGACGGUCAACAGGAAUCAUCUUGGCAUGUGAAGGAGAAGGAUAAGUCCCAAUACUUCAAGCAUGGAGUUAUGGACAAGAUUGUCUAUGAGAGCAGUGGACCUUGCACUGAGACACAGCACUAUGCGGUGGCCAUUUUGCAAGAUAAAGAAUUGCAUUGUACACCUAUACAAGGAAUCAUCCAAAUGAGGCCUUCAUAUUCUUACUAUGAUAAACAAGACAAGCGAAAAACUGAUAAAAACAAAGCUGAUUCUGAGGAUGAAGAGAAGGAACCUGAAGCACAGCAGGUGACGGUGAAAUUUGCGCGCCAGGAAACUGAAGUAUCUAAGAAGGCCAGAGAGAAGUCGUAUGAAACUAUCACACAGCGUAUCAAUGAAGAACCCUGGUUUGACGCUCUGUGGAAAAGUUCGGAAACUGAUCAUGCUGAGUUGGAACGAUUGAAGCUAUUCAGUGCUACUUCAUCUGACGGGUCGGCGUUGACUGUACGCGCGCGGGAGUACGUGCGCGCGCUAGUACCUGCACCGCCUGAGGAUGAGGCCGAUAUAGCGCCCACUAAGCGACCCUCGCCACAGGAGCAAAUUAAGGAAAUAUUGAUUAGAGCAAAACUGAUGACAUUCAACGACCUCCGGGCCCUGGUCCGCACGGAGGAGGGUCCGCUGGCAGUGCCGGCGCUGCUGGCGGCGCUGAGCGGCGCGGCGUGCUGCGUGCGCGGCCUGUGGGCGGCGCGCUCCGCCGACCUGUACACGCGCGCGCUGCCCGUGCCCGCCCGGCUGCUUUGCGCGGCCCGGGACCACGUUUUAUAUCUCUUCACUCAACAUUCCUACAUCGACCGACGAAAGGUAGCCGCGGCAGUUCGUCUGCCUCCCGCCGAAGUGUUAGAAAUUAUCCGAUCAGUCGCGAAGUUCAAUCCUAACACGGGCUGGGAGCUGAUCAUACCACCUGACCUCGCGUUCGAAGCUAAAUACCCAGACGUUGUGCAAAGACAGAACUUGUACUGGGAAGCGCGACAGAGGCUGUUCAAUGAAAUGUUGAUUGGAGAAAACAUACCUAAGAGGCAACGGAAGAAAUCUCAAAGAGAUUCAGUUUCAUCCGACACAAUGAUGAGUCCCAAACCUCGCUGCAACAGUGUGACGGAAGAAGACAGUGAUAAAAAGAGACAUAAAAAUAAAUCUGCCACUGGCAGUGGUAAAAGGACUAGGAACACUAGUUCCAGCAGUGUGCAGGAUGCGACGUGAUUCUCUUCAUAGAUAGGUUAUCAAAUUGUAGUGUUACCCACCAGCUUAGUGAUUGUAAGUGAACUGUGUGCGUAAACUAACUUGUUGUUGUACAUUGUAAACAUUUUGGUGCUGCUAAUCAUCGUGUGUAUCAACAUGACAGUUUAUCAAUGGACUUCCAAACAGUUUCAGUUAUUUCAAAUAGAAAAUAUUACUUUGUCAUAAUUAUGAAUUUAUUUUCGGUCAUAAGAAAAUAAACCUGUUAAAGCUGUUUAUACAGUGUUAGUACUGAACUUUAAUCUUAAUCUAUUUUAAUUAUUAUGUUAUCGGCUUGCUCACGUAACUGUUUGACGAAGAACUCGACUAGUUGCAAGCUAUGCUAGAGGCUCAUAUUCAUGAGCAGCAUUCUGCGACACGCGGCAAUGCUGCUCAUAGUGUGUGAGUGCUUACAUGAGUGAGCCGAUAACAUAAUAAUUAAUUUAGUAUGUCUCACUAAAGUUGUAAUAAAAUCAUAUUUAUUUCUUAUUUGUAUUGAAAUUCCUGUACUACUUUACUAUUUAUUUUCUCAUUUUUACUUCCAACACAUUUCUUUGCAUAAUCAUGCACUUGUUAAAAUUAGUUGAAUGUUUGUUGUUUUUUUAGCUAAAAAUCUGACUUGAAAGUUUUCGCUUUGUUGAAUUAAAGAGAGUUCAUGAUUUACGUGAUAUUUUUACAAUUAAUAUUUAAUAUACGUCAAGAUUUGAAUGUUAUUGUGUUUAAUAUCCUUGUAACACAGUUACAUGCAUUGUGGAGAAUCUGGAAUACUCAAUGGGUGCUACUGUAUCUUUGCUCACCAGUAACCUUAGUACGAGUUUGCUUUACGUUAAACGAAACGAAUAUGUGUUCAGCGCUCUGAUUGGUUGGUUUAUUCGAGCUAGCCAAACAGAGCGCUGAAUACGCACUCGUUUUGAUUUCGUAAAACGUAAAGCAAACUCUUGCUAAAGUUACUGAUGGCGCUAGUGUGAACCUCUUUUCUUCUUCGAAUAGGGAAUUAGCUAGAGUAAACACCAUUGGAUGUUCAAUAUUUGAUGGCUGCAGUGAUUGGACAAAAAUACAUUUUUUUUUUAAUCUUAUCGCUUCCUACAUUUGAGCCAUUUAAUAAGCUAAGAAAUGGUAGCCCCCAUUCCAUCGAUUACUCCAAACUAAGCAUAAAAUAAAUUUAAUUAUGUUGAUAACUAGUGGACUGUAUUUUAUGAAAUAAUGUUAUAAAUAGUGGCAUAUGUUAUACCUAUUACUGCAUGGCAGUUUGAAAGUUUAGUUAAAUAAUAUAGGUUAUGACUAUAGCUCAUUUUUAAUAUGGAAAUCUGGUAGUGAAUCAACAUGAAUUAUCAAAUUAAUAUGCAAAGGAAAUGUGCCUAAAUGAUGUCUCUGAAUAGUUUGUGGAAUCUAAGAUGAAAAUAAUGUAUUUAAGCAUAAAUUGUAUAUUGUAUUUUAAACCAUCACAAAAUACUGUCUGACUACAGAUUGGUGUCUUAAAUUAUAAUCUACUGUUGACUCAGUUUAUCAAACUGGAAUAAAAUGUAUUUGGAUACCUAAAUCAGUUAUUAAAUGGUAUCGCGUCCGAGACAAGCUUUUACACGGCGCUUAUGAUUUAUAUCCAAAAGUAGUCUAAGUAAGAAAUGUCUUAGGUUUAAGUUCAUUAUUUUUUCUCAUAUAACAAAUGUACUGAUUUUCACAAGCAAAUAUUUGUCUCAUUUAUGUUAUUUACUCUAGUAAAAGCUUGUUUUGGCCAAAAUAAUAUCAUUGGCACAUUUUUAUACUUCCAUUGUCAAUCCUGAAUGAGUGCUUAAUACCCUUAGUACCUACCGAAGUAUACAUUUAUAAAGAAAUAGCUAUCUUACUAGGUGAAAAAUGGUCAAUAUAAUGCAUUUGUAUAUAAAUAUCGUUUGUAUGCUAUCAUAAUGUAAAAUUGUGUAUGAGCCAUUGUGAUUUUAUCGAUAAGUUGUUAAUUUUGUAAACGAAAUAAAAAAAUAUGAAUAUUA